AUGAAUCACGCAGCACAUCAGCUCGAUGACCGUAAAUCAUGGCACGGUGAUGAAGAUUUAGAAGAGCUAUCAUUCAUUUUCAAAACCUACAAGAUUCGUUUCUUUGGGUUAACUGUCAUUGCUUUAUCCAACAUUGCAUCUUCUUUGAAUUGGUUGUCAGUUGCACCUGUUCCAGAUUAUGCUAGUCAGUAUUUUAACAACAUUGGCUUGACUACCAUCAAUUGGUUCUCUAAUGUCUUUAUGCUGACCUAUCUCGUCGCCGGCCCUGCUUCCAGUUGGGUCUAUGAACAUUGGUCCAUUAAGAUGGGUAUUAUUAUCGGUGCAGUUCUACAAGCUAUUGGUGCUUGGUUGCGUUACUUUUCUUCUUUUGUACAUGACCCUACUGGUAGAUUAGCCUUGGCUAUCAUUGGUCAAACUAUCUGUGCUAUUGGUCAACCUUUCAUUUUGAAUGUCUGCACACCCUAUGCUGCUUUGUGGUUCAGUGCUGAUGGCAGAGGUACAGCUUCCAUGGUCGGUGGUAUCACCAACUCUAUUGGUAUGGCCAUUGCUUCUCUUAUUAUUCCUGCUAUUGUCACCGAUGCCUCUACUAUGAAUAUGGGCUUUCUUGUCAUUGCUUGUGUUACUACCGGUUGUGCCCUUCCUGUGUUCUUCAUCCCCAAGAAGCCCAAGACUCCUCCAUCCUACAGUGCCUCAUCCAAGAACAAGUUUGCUCUCACAUUUGCUCAAUCCCUCCGUGAAUUGUUCACCAACUGGAACUUCCUCAUCAUCAUGGUUUCCUUUGGCAUCUUGUGUGGUUUGGCUUCAGCUUUUACCUCUCUUUUAACUCAAAUUGUUGGCCCUUACAAUAUUGGUGUCGAUGAUGCUGGUUAUCUCGGUGCUGCCUUCAUCGUUGCUGGUCUUGUGGGUGCUAUUCUCACUGGUGUAUUCAUUGAUAAGACUGGUCGUCACAAGAUUGUUAUCAAAAUCUAUGUUCCCAUUAUUGGUGCCUUGUACUUGGCCUUUUACUUUGUUGUUAAAACCGGAAAGUACGAUGCUAUUAUGGCAGUUUGUGUUCUCUUGGGUUUCUUUACCUUUUCUCUCUUGCCAGUUGCUCUUGAACUUUCUGUUGAAUCAUCUUAUCCCAUCAGUGAAGCUAUCUCCAGUUCCUUGUUAUGGAUGUGUUCUCAAAUCUUGGGCCUCAUCAUCUUGGCUGUCAUGGACGCUCUCCGUAAUCCUGAUGGCAAGAUGGAUCGUGGUCUCAUCUUUGUUACCUGCAUUGCCUUCCCUCUCAGUAUCCUUACUACCAUCUACAACAGCCCUAACAAGCGUUUAGAAUUUGAGGAUAGAAAUAGAGCUGCAAGCUCUUAA